CUUCUGUCUCUAGACUAGACAGAGAGAGAGAGAGAAAGAAAGAAAGAGAGAGAGAGAGAGAGAGAUAUGAAAGGAGGGAAAAACAAGAAUUCCGGUUUGGUAUCAGAUACCGAAACAGCACCACCUUGUGAUGAUGUGAAUGAAAACGAGGGCGCUACUGAAGGGGAUGUGGGAAUCCAACAACAAGAAUUGACUGCUAAUGAUCAAAGACCCAAACUUGCUGAAGGGUUUUAUGAGAUUGAGACCGUAAGAAGAAAGAGGAUCAGAAAGGGCAACAUUCAGUAUCUCAUCAAAUGGCGAGGCUGGCCGGAGACUGCAAACACAUGGGAACCUGUCGAUAAUCUAAUGACAUGCUAUGAUGUUAUCGAUGCUUUCGAGGAGAGCUUGCAACAGCGAUCUACACGUAAGCGUAAGCGGACUCCUGGGGUUAAUCACUCUGAAAUCAAAACAAAACAGCAGCACAAGCAAGAACAACAUUCCCCUGCAGAUACUGUGCCUGCAGUGAAGCUUAGGAUAAUUGAGGAACCUGUGCCUUCACCUCCUCUGGCUACAUUGGAUCAUGUGGAUAGAAAUGCUAGUGGUUUGAAUAAUUUCAAAGUGCCGAAUGACAAUGAUUUAAUGUUGGAUUCCUCUCUAAAAGAAAUUGAAGAGCAAAACAAAUUGAAUUUGAAGCUUAGUGAACUAAAGGGACUGAUGGCAACGAUAGAGGCCUCUGUCGAAAACGGUGCAAUAAAGGCCUCUGUGGAAAAGGGUGCAAAAGAGGCUUCGGUGGAAAAUGGGGUGCUGGAAACAAAAGAGGACUCUGUGGUAAAGGGAUCCAUGACAGCAAAAGACGCCUCUGUGGAAAAUAGAGUGAUGGCAACAAAAGAGGCCUCUGUGAAAAUGGGAGUCAUGGCAACAAAUGAGGUCUCUGUGAAAAUGGGAGUCAUGAUAACAAAAGAGGCCUCUAUGGAAGAUGGGGUGAUGGCAACAAAAGAGGCCUCUGUUGAAAAUGUAGUGAUCGCAACAAAAGAGGCCUCUGUGGACGAGGGAGUGAUGGUGACAAAAGAGGCCUCUGCAGAUAGAUCCAACAAUGCCUUCACAAAUGGAUUUUCAAUGGCCAAUGGAACAGAAUCACUUCAAUCUGGUCGCUGCACAGGAGCUAAAAGGAGGAAGUCCGCUUCUGUUCGGAGGUUUAUACAACAAGCCACUUCAGGUGUAGUGAAGGAUCUCCAAGAUGCUGUAGCAAAUGCUACUAGUGGCCAUUUGGUUGCAUUAGUGCAGGAAGAAAUUCACGAUCAAGGACUUGUGGGAAAUGUUUUGGGUUGUAAUAAUAAGUGUGAUCAGUUCAAAGAUACAUAUGCCAUAACAGAAAUUAUCAAGGCCGAGAACUAUUCACCACCUGAUAUAGAAAAUGGCUUGAAGGAUGUGUCUGUGACCUUUCGAGCUAAGAGGUCAGAUGGAAUGGAAGUUGUUGUGGAUAACAAGUUUAUGAAGACGAAUAAUCCACUUUUGCUGAUAAACUAUUACGAGAAGCAUCUUCAACAUCAUCCCUCUCAAUGAGUGAGCUGCGGUGAAGGUGGAACUGGUCUAGCUCGACUUGUCUCUAUGUAUAGUGUUGGAAUUUUGUUGCAACAGGCCAUAGGUAUUAAACCUGUUAGACACAAUUACUAGGGAGGUCAGUAAAUCUACAGAGUUAACGUUGCAUUUUAUGAGAAACCUUGCAUUAGCUUCAGCAGUUUUUUCCCCAGAAAGAAAAACAAAAAACAACUAGAAUUUUAAAGUUUUAUCUGAGUAUCACCCAAUACAUGCAAUGUACAUUAUGAUAAUUUUCUUUUCACAUGUUAGGUGGCAAAACCAUUAUAGGUUCUGUAGGUGCAGACAUCACAAAUGUUUGAGUUUGUGGAAUUGCUCUGAUGGCCAUAAUAUGUUAUGGUAACACCUUUUGUUAGAUGAACAGAAAACAGAAUUAUUUUAAUCUAGCUGGUGGACUUGGUUUAUUCUUGUUGGA